AUGUCAAACCUGUCUUCCCUCCUGGUGGGUCACCGUGUUGCUAACUGGGAGAACAAGGCUCUUGAUCAAGAUGUCGUCAACAAAAUCGCCGCCGGAGAAAUCAUUGUGGCUCCUAUGCAUGCCUUGAAAGAACUACUGGAGAAUUCGGUCGAUGCUGGUUCGACGGCCAUUGAAGUGCUUGUCAAGGAUGGCGGCCUCAAACUUCUCCAGAUCACUGACAAUGGCCAUGGAAUCGAAAAAGAUGACUUGCCCAUUCUCUGCGAAAGGUUUACUACUUCCAAGCUGAAGAGCUUCGAGGAUCUCAUGUCUAUCGGCACUUACGGAUUUCGGGGAGAAGCUUUGGCUAGCAUUAGCCAUAUCGCCCAUCUGAGAGUCACCACAAGGACUGCAACCUCGAGCUGUGCCUGGCAAGCUCACUAUGCUGAUGGCAAACUGACACCGGCAAAACCAGGUCAGAGUGCAGACCCUAAACCCUGCGCUGGUCGUCUCGGUACUCAGAUCACCGUGGAGGACUUGUUCUAUAACAUCCCCAAUCGUCGGCGAGCGUUUCGGUCCCCUUCGGAAGAAUACGCCAAGAUUCUCGAUGUCAUUACACGAUAUGCCGUCCACCGCGAAGGAGUAGCCUUCUCAGUUAAAAAGUACGGUGAAUCUGGAGCCGGGUUUUCGGUGGCGGCUGCUGCAACCAAGACUGAUCGAAUCAAACAAGCCUAUGGCGGAGGUGUGGCAAAGGAACUGAUGGAGUUCGGGACCGAGGAUGCCAAAUGGGGGUUCAAAGCCUCGGGAUAUGCCACCAAUGCAAACUAUAGUGUCAAGCGGACGACUCUACUCCUGUUCAUCAACAACCGAUCCGUCGAGUCGUCGGCUGUCAAGAAAGCCAUCGAGCAAACCUAUCAGAUGUUUCUGCCCAAAGGCGGACACCCAUUUGUCUACCUUUGUCUUGACAUUGAUCCUACCAGAGUCGACGUCAAUGUACAUCCGACGAAGCGCGAGGUUCAUUUCUUGAACGAGGACGAGAUCAUCGACCUCGUUUGUGCCAAUAUCCGCGAGAACCUGGCCAAGGUUGACACAAGCAGAACAUUCAAGACGCAGACUCUACUGCCAGGGCUGGCCCCCAUGACACCCAUGAAUAAUAGAAGGGCCGUUGCAACAGCCGAGACGCCUGAUGGCGAUGAGAGUGCUGUUUCCAGAAGAGCGUCCACUACCAAAAAGCCGUACGAGAACAACCUGGUUCGCACCGACUCAAAGAUGCGGAAGAUUACAUCCAUGCUCCCUCCGGCUGUGACGAGAGGCGAUACCCAAGACGAGUUGCCGUCCACCAACAACCUUCGAUAUACAAACACAGGGCGGGAGCCAGUUCAAGUGCGGCUGACAUCGGUGAAGACUCUGAGGGCAGAAGUUCGAGAAGCCAUGCACAACGGUCUCACCGAAGUGUUUGCCUCCCUGACGUAUGUCGGUCUCGUGGACAGCAACCGGAGGCUGGCUGCCAUGCAGUCUGGAGUGAAGUUGUACCUCGUAGACUACGGUCUGGCUUCAAAAGAGUUCUUCUACCAAGUCGGGCUCACCGACUUUGGCAAUUUCGGCCUCGUCCAACUACAGCCACAGCCUAAGCUGCGAGACCUGCUGGACAUUGCGGCACAGUAUCAGAUUGAAACAGCUCCUGACUGUGCGGAUCUGGACCGGGGACAAGUCGUGCAGAAAGUCCACGACCAACUGAUGGGCAAGAGGCAGAUGCUCUCGGAAUAUUUCUCGCUCGAGAUCUCCGAUGAGGGUCUUGUAGAAGCUAUCCCGCUGUUGCUGAAAGGCUAUACGCCGUGUAUGGCCAAAUUGCCCACGUUCCUCUUGCGGCUAGGCCCGUUUGUGAACUGGACGCAGGAGGAACCAUGUUUCCGUACGUUUCUACGAGAACUGGCCUCGUUCUAUGUCCCAGAGCAGUUACCGUCGGGCAGACGCAGAGACGGCCCUCGCCCUUCCAAGCCCGAUCUUGCGGACACGGCAAUGGGAGGGACGGGAGGAGACGACCGCGAUCAAGAGGAUGAGGAUGAAGUUGAAGUCGAAGUUGACCAGAACCAGAACCAGACUGUCGACGAAAGACGGAAAGAGCUGGACCACGCUCUAGAACACGUCCUUUUCCCAGCCUUCCGGUCCCGCCUUGUCGCCACGCAGGACAUGUUGAAGGGCGUGGUCGAAGUGGCCAAUCUGAAGGGGCUGUAUCGUGUUUUUGAGAGAUGUUGA